AUGACCCUCGUGUAUUUCCGAAGCUUCAAUAACCUAGGAAAAAACUUCAUUGCUUAUUAUUAUUCUGCACCCAAAGCCAUCCCGAUAGCAACACCCACAACAGUAACAGCAAGAGCAGGGGAUUGGCCGGAGCUACGUCUGGUGGGUGGCUCUGGCCGGUGCUCAGGACGCGUAGAACUUCUCCACCAGGGCUCCUGGGGCACCGUGUGUGAUGACCUGUGGGACCUGAACGAAGCUGAGGUUGUGUGCCGGCAGCUUGGGUGUGGUCGAGCCGUGUCUGCCCUUGGAAAGGCCCACUUUGGCCCCGGCUCAGGAGACAUCUUCCUGGACAACCUCCAGUGCGCUGGUGUGGAGCGCUACCUGGGCCAGUGCGCCCACUCGGGCUGGUCAGAGCACAACUGUGGCCACCACGAGGAUGCCAGUGUCAUCUGCUCAGAUGCUGAAGAAUCACUCGCUAACAGUACAGAAGACCGGCCGGAGCUGCGGCUGGUGGACGGCUCAAGCCGGUGCUCGGGGCGCGUGGAGAUUCUCCACCAGGGUGCCUGGGGCACCGUGUGCGACGACCUGUGGGACCUCAACGAAGCCGAGGUUGUGUGCCGGCAGCUGGGGUGUGGGCAGGCUGUUUCUGGCCCUGGCGAGGCCCACUUUGGCCCAGGCUCAGGAGACAUCUUCUUGGACAAUCUCCAGUGCUCUGGGGUAGAGCACAACCUGGGCCAGUGUGCCCACUUGGGCUGGUCAGAGCACAACUGUGGCCACCAUGAGGAUGCCAGUGUCAUCUGCUCAGAUACCGAAGACCUACCUCCACCCACACCACCAGGUUCUUCUACAGCUUCUCAGGAUCACAUCAAAGGAGGAAGUAACUCUUGUGGAGGGGUCACUUCUAGUCUCUCUGGCUCAUUUUCUAGUCCACAGUAUCCAGAAAACUACCCAACAGACAUCCAGUGUGUUUGGGAGAUCCACGUGGAUACAAAAUUUCGCAUAGAACUCAUAAUUCUAAGUUUGAAGCUGGAAGAUAUCCCUGGAUGUCCCUAUGACUCCGUUGAAAUCUUCAAUGGUCCCAGGAUUGCCUCACUCUCCAUGGGGAAGUUCUGUGCCCCUGAAACUGUGAUCUUCUUCUCCUCCUCACACAUCAUGACAGUGGUGUUCCAAAGUGAUUCCAUGAAAACCAACACUGGCUUUUAUGCUCUUUUCAAUGCCUUUCCGCAGGGUGCAAGGCAGUCAGAAGAUGGACCAGAGUUGUGGCUGGUGGGUGGCUCUGGCCAGUGCUCAGGACAUGUGGGGGUCCUACACAAGGGCUCCUGGGGCGCUGUCUGUGGUGACCUGUGGGAUCUGAAUGAAGCUGAGGUUGUAUGCCAGCAGCUCGGGUGUGAUUGGGCCAUUGCUGCUCCUGGAAAGGCCCACUUUGGCCCAGGCUCUGGAGACAUCCUUCUAGACAACAUUCAGUGUUCAGGAAGUGAGAACCACCUUGGCCAGUGCCCCAGCUCUGGCUGGUCAGACGACAACUGCGGCCAUCAUGAGGAUGCCAGUGUCGUCUGCUCAGGUAGCCUCUCCUUCUAUGAUAGCUUCUUUCUGAUCUUUCACCCAAAGACAUCCUAG